AAAAUGGCGCAAGGAGGACCAAAUAUGGACCAAUUUGAAGUUUAUUUUCGUAGAGCGGAUUUGGAUCAAGAUGGAAGAAUCAGUGGUGCUGAAGCCGUUGCUUUUUUAAAAGGAUCUAAUUUACCUCAACCUGUUCUAGCUCAGAUAUGGACACAUGCUGAACAGAGCCGUACUGGGUUUCUUAGCCGACCAGAGUUUUAUAAUGCUCUUAAACUUGUAACAGUGGCACAGAGUAAACGAGAUUUAACACCAGAUAUUGUGAAGGCGGCUUUAUAUGGUCCUGCUUCUGCUAAAAUCCCUGCUCCACAGAUUAACCUUGCAGCGAUCGCUUCUCCCCAGUUAAAUUCAGUUGGUGCUGCACCUGCACAGCAGAUGGGUGCUGGAGUACCAACAGCUUCUCAAAAUCACGGCAUCAGAGGACAGCUACCUCCUACAACAGGUAUGAACCAGCAAUAUCUCACUUCUCAAGCCAGCCACUCAGUGAGGCCACCUGUUCCAACUGCAGCUACUGCAUCACGUCCCCAGCAAUCUCUUGCUGGUAUGGAUUUCCCCAGGGGUGGUAGUUUGACAGGUCCUGGUCUUCCAAACUCAAACAUUUCAAAUGACUAUCUAGGGAGCAGACAAGCAGCAAUAUCUGCUAGACCUACUAUGCAGCCUCCCAAUAGAGGAAUGAGCCCUUUGGUUCCUCCAGUUACGCAAACUCUUCAGGGAUCUCUUUCACUACCUUCCAUGACAGCAGCUAAUACAAAAGCUACUGGAAGUUCUGGAAAUGGUUUUGCUUCGGACACAAUGUUUGGAGGUGAAACCUUCUCUGCAAGCCAAUCUGUACCCAAGAAGUCAUCGUCUACUCCAAACUUAAACUUUUCUGUGAAUAGUGCACCAACCUCUUCAGCUAUGGUUCCAGUAACCACUGAGUCUCAAACUUCAUCCAAGCCUGACCCUUUUGCUGCAUUCAAUACUAUUACAAGGCAAUCUCCUGCAAAUCAGCAGCAAGUAACCCCAUCUGUGUCCAAACCUAAUCAACAGGUUUUUGGUCAGAAUAGUUUGCCAGUUUCAUCAUCUGGAACUCCAGUGGGUUCUGUCCAUCCAGCUCCUGAGCAGUCACAAGUUCCUUGGCCAAAAAUGACUAGAGCAGGCGUUCAGAAGUAUGCGAAAGUGUUUAUGGAGGUGGAUUCAGAUAGAGAUGGAAAAAUCUCGGGCAACAAGCACGAGAUUAUCUUGAACUGGAGACUGCCUAAAGAGGUCUUGAAGCAGGUAUGGGACUUGGCUGAUCAAGAUAAUGACAGCAUGCUCUCUUUGAGGGAGUUUUGUAUAGCUCUGUAUUUAAUGGAACGAUAUAGGGAAGGCCGCUCUCUUCCAUCUACACUACCAAAUAGCGUUAUGCUUGAUGAGACUUUGCUGGCCCUGGCAGGUCCGCCUGUUACUUAUGGAAGCACUGGCUGGAGCCCUGCUUCUGGCUUAAGACCACAAGGGUUGCCUGGUGUACAGCCAGGUGCACAUCCUGGAUUAAGGCCUCCUACACAGGGGGCAUUCCCUCAGCCUGACCGAUCGAUGCAAUUUAAUCAGCAAAAUGCUAGAGCAACAUCAAUGGAUAAUUCUCAUAUGGACCAACUAAGUAAUGGGGAGCAGAAUACGCUGGAGCCAAAGAGAGAAGACGGCGUAGCAGGAGAUGAAAAGGAUGAAAGCAAGGACAAUGUGCUUCUGGAUUCCAGGGAGAAGCUUGAAUUCUACCGCACAAAAAUGCAGGAUCUUGUUUUGUACAAAAGCAGAUGUGAUAAUCGACUUAAUGAAAUCACUGAAAGGGCAUUGGCUGAUAAACGCGAGGCUGAGAUGCUUGCCAAAAAAUAUGAAGAGAAAUACAAGCAAGUUGCAGAAAUUGCUUCUAAACUGACAAUUGAAGAGGCAUCAUUUCGUGAUACUCAGGAGAGGAAGCUGGAGUUACAACAGGCAAUCAUUAAAAUGGAACAAGGUGGCAGCGCUGAUGGUAUUCUUCAGGUCCGUGCUGAUCGCGUACAACAUGAUCUUGAGGAGCUACUGAAGGCCCUGGCCGAUCGUUGCAAGAAACAUGAGCUUAAUAUUAAGUCAACUGCUUUAAUUGAACUCCCCCCUGGCUGGCAACCUGGAAUUCCGGAGAUAUCAGCUGUUUGGGAUGAAGAUUGGGAUAAAUUCGAAGAUGAAGGAUUUUCUUUUGAUGUAGCUGCGCCUGCAAAUUCCAAAUCCACAUCUAAUCAGAAGGAAAGUUCUCCAAUUCAUGGAGAUUCCCCUGAUUCCAUGUCAAAUGCUGAUACCAAGUCAGAAAACUAUUCUGCUAAAGGAAAUAAUAACAAUUUUGAGACUGAUUUGAUGUAUAUGCAUAGCGACGAGGAGUCAAAAAGUCCACAGGGAAGUCCAAGAGAACAGACAGCAUUUGAUAGUCCAUCCGGUGAAUACUCUGAUAACCAUUUCGGCAAGAGCUUUAAAACCGAAUCUGAAACUGAUAG